GGUACAUUUUAAUUAUCAGUUAAGAUGGAUAUCCGAGGUGCUGUAGAUGCUGCUGUCCCAACAAACAUCAUUGCUGCUAAAGCUGCUGAAGUACGGGCAAACAAAGUAAACUGGCAGUCGUAUCUCCAAGGGCAGAUGAUUUCAGGCGAAGACUGUGAAUUUAUUCAAAGAUUCGAACAGAAAAGAAAUCCCGAAGAAAAACAGGAGUUGUUGCAAACAGAAGGCAAUCAAUGUGCUAAAACAUUUAUAAACUUGAUGACUCAUAUCUCCAAGGAACAGACGGUUCAGUACAUUCUGACUAUGGUUGAUGACAUGCUGCAAGAAAAUCAUCAGCGUGUUUGUAUCUUCUUUGAUUAUGCAAAACGUGGUAAAAACACUGCAUGGUCCUAUUUUCUGCCGAUGUUGAAUCGACAAGAUCUUUUCACUGUGCAUAUGGCAGCAAGAAUUAUUGCCAAACUGGCUGCGUGGGGGAGGGAACUUAUGGAAGGCAGUGACUUGAAUUACUAUUUCAACUGGAUUAAAACUCAGCUCAGUUCACAGAAACUACGUGGUACAGGGGGUUCUGUGGAAACAGGAGCAGUCUCCACAAGUGAUAGUUCCCAGUAUGUACAAUGUGUUGCUGGUUGUCUGCAGCUGAUGCUCAGGGUCAAUGAAUAUCGCUUUGCGUGGGUAGAAGCAGAUGGAGUAAAUUGUAUCAUGGGGGUCUUGAGCAACAAAUGCGGCUUCCAGCUCCAGUAUCAGAUGAUUUUCUGUGUGUGGCUGCUGGCAUUUAGCCCUCAAAUGUGCGAAUAUCUCCGUCGGUAUAAUAUUGUUCCAGUGCUGUCGGAUAUUCUUCAGGAAUCUGUCAAAGAGAAAGUAACUAGGAUCAUCCUUGCAGCAUUUCGGAAUUUGUUAGAGAAAUCUACUGAGAGAGAAACUCGCCAAGAAUAUGCUCUUGCCAUGAUUCAGUGUAAAGUUUUAAAGCAGCUGGAGAAUUUGGAUCAGCAGAAAUAUGAUGAUGAAGACAUAAGUGAAGAUAUCAAAUUUCUACUGGACAAGCUUGGUGAGAGUGUGCAGGACCUUAGCUCCUUCGACGAGUACAGUUCUGAGCUCAAGUCAGGAAGACUGGAGUGGAGUCCUGUACACAAGUCUGAGAAGUUUUGGCGGGAGAAUGCUGUAAGACUAAAUGAGAAAAAUUAUGAACUACUGAAGAUCUUGACAAAACUUCUGGAGGUUUCUGAUGACCCGCAAGUGCUGGCUGUAGCUGCUCAUGAUGUGGGAGAAUAUGUACGACACUAUCCCCGUGGGAAACGAGUCAUUGAACAACUUGGUGGUAAACAGCUGGUAAUGAACCACAUGCAUCAUGAAGACCAACAAGUUCGUUAUAAUGCGCUACUGGCUGUGCAGAAGUUGAUGGUUCACAACUG